AUGACGGACCGCUAUCGGGAUCCGAAGGAGGAGGGAUGGGAGCGGUCGGACUUCCCCAUCCUGUGCGAGACGUGCUUGGGCCCGAACCCCUACGUGCGCAUGCAACGGAUGGAGUUUGGCGGGGCGUGCCACAUCUCCGGGCGUCCCUACACCGUCUUCAGGUGGCAGCCGGGGCCCAAGGCUCGGUUCAAGAAGACGGUCGUCUGCCAGGAGGUCGCCAAGGCGAAGAACGUGUGCCAAUGCUGCUUGCUCGACUUGGAGACGUCGCUCCCCGUGCAGGUGCGCGACCAGGCGCUGGGCGUGGAGGCGGACAUCCCCCAGUCUGACGUGGGGAGGGAGUUUCAGCUGAAACAAAUGGAGAAGAGCGGCGAACUGGACGAACGGCAGGAGAACUACGGCAAGGCGGCGGCGUCGAACGAGAUGCUCGCGCGGCUCCGGCGCAACCGCGAGCCGUACUACAAGCGCAACGAGGCGCGCACGUGCACGUUCUGGGUCAAGGGGAAGUGCACGCGCGGCGCGGAGUGCCCGUACAAGCACGAGAUGCCGCGGACCGGCCCGCUGUCGAAGCAGAACAUGAAGGACCGGUACUACGGCGUCAACGACCCCGUCGCGGAGAAGAUCCUCGGCCGCGCGUCGCAGAUGCCGUCGCUGGAGCCCCCCGCGGACCCCACCAUCCGCACGCUCUGGGUCGGCGGCGUGCCGGAGGACGCGAACGAGGGCGACAUCCGCGACCAGUUCUACGGGUACGGCGAGGUCGAGAACGUGCACAUCCUGCGCGCGAAGCGGUGCGCGUUCGUCACAUACACCAUGCGCACUGCCGCCGAGUCCGCCGCGAAGGCGCUCGCCGGGAAAGUGUACGUCAAGGGCGAGAAAGUCGUCAUCAACUGGGCCAAGGCCAAGCCCGCCGGCGCCGCGCCGCAGGGCGGACCCCCCCCGGGCCCAGGCGGCGCGUACGGCGGAUACGCCCAGGGCGCGCCCGCGCCGGCGGCGUACCCGUCGAUGGACCCAUCGGCGAUGGGAUCGGCGCCCGUGCGCGCGCACGGACCGCCCGCGGGGGUCCCAGGCCGUCCGAUGCCGCCACCGGGCAUGUACGGCAUGCCCGCGCCGUGGAUGCGGCCACCAGGCGCGAUGCCGCCGCCCGGGAUGUACGGCGCGUACCGGCCGCCAGGCGCGCCCGGGCCGCGUCCGGCCGGGCCUCCGCCGGCGGGCGCGGGCCCCGCGGCCGCUCCGGCGGGCGGGGCGAAGCAGUAG